AUGCUCAUCGAGAUCAUUGACAGCAGAGCCGCCCUUAAGUUCUUUGCAGGUCUCUUACUUGAAUAUACACCAGAUAUAUCUGCAUGCUGGCAGAACUUUUUAGCUGCAUUGCUCGGUGAGAUCACAGAAAGGGACUGGCUUGCUGUUGACACUGUUGUGCGAGAGUUUGGGGUCAAACAUCCGUUCACAGUCCUUAUAAUUUUGAUUACGACAAGAGAUGCCGAUGACGAGAUAUGGAGACAAAACAUAUUUCCAAGGUUGCGUAGCUCUCUACCACAAGACUUGGACAUCGAUGUCUUCUACGCCUCUGCCUUGUCAUACAUGUCAGGCGAGAGCUCAGACGAGGAGACAAUUGUAGAGAAGUGCAGCCGACCAGCCAUUUACAGCACCAUGGCAGAUUACUCCGGCUUAGUGCAGAUGGGUUCUAGCAUUGGAUUAGGCGAACCAGCCAACUCUGCUAGUUACAGUUGGUGCAGUGAUCAAAGUGCGCGACAGCACUGGCAACGAAACUAUCUACGACUUAAUCAACUAUUAUUUUGUGGCUAA